CCCCGGCGCGUCCCGGCCCGCUCCGCCAUGGCCCCGGCGCUCCGGCUCUGCGCGCUGGCCCUGGCCCUGCUGCCCGCCGCCUUCGCCGCGCAGGACGUGGCCGGAGAUUGUCGCCAGUAUACGAACAGGAGCUGUGAAGAGUGCCUGAAAAAUGUCACCUGCCUGUGGUGUGCCAGCAGCAGGAGGUGCAUGGAAUACCCCGUCCGAAGAAUCCUCCCCCCGGCCGACCUGUGUGAGCUCCGCUCUGCGCGCUGGGGAGUCUGCUGGGUGAACUUUGAAGCCCUGAUCAUUGCAAUGUCCGUGGUGGGAGGAGCACUCCUGAUCAUGUUGGGGGUCUGCUGCUGCUGCUGCUGUUGUAAGAAAAAGAGCAAAAGGCCAGACAAGGAUGACGAGAGAGCAGCCAGGGAGCGGGAGAAGAGGCGGGUGCGGCAGGAGGAGAGGAGAGCAGAGAUGAAAUCACGGCAUGAUGAAAUCCGAAGAAAAUACGGCUUGUUCAAAGAAGAGAACCCUUAUGCAAAAUUUGAGAAUUAGCAUCUCCAGACCUGCCGCUUCUCUCGUGUUGCAGUAAUCCCCACACUGUAACACAGACCCACCCACCCACCCGCCCUGGUGAACAGUGCCUUCUGCAGAGCCAAAAGUCUCCAGGCUUCCCCCCACCACCAUGGUGCCACUUCAUCUACCACAGAGGAUGAGCCAAAUGCUUGGUGACACCAUUGUCCCCACUCCAGAUGCUUGGUUUGGCCAGAGCUUUGCUCUUGCCCCACUGGUGCAAGAAACCAUGGCAGCAAUACUGGAGGAUGGCACAUUUCUUCUCACUCACCCCUGGGGUGGUUGUGGUCCAAAGCAAUGCACGUAAGAGUCCUUGUCUCAGCCAAGCGUGAAAGCAACAUCACACAUCUCCCUCACCCCUGCCUCACCAAGAACACUUCAUGCACAUAGAGCUAGGCUCUUCUGCCCCCCCCCCCUUUUUUUUUUCUUUUCGUAUAUACAAAAGCCAGCAAGAGUUUCCUGAUGCAUGGGUCAGCAGGAGGCUUUGGCUAUCACUCCAGGUGCCUGCACUUACCCCAGCACAUUAGCAGUCCUCUCAAUGAGCACAAGUUUCUGGUGAUCUGGUGCUUCCAGGAGGAAGGUCUUAUGUGCACCUUCUCACUUGCAACUAAUUUGGGGAAAUGCCCCAACUCUCCUACCUCUCUGUGCCUUUCUAGAAAGGUGGUCUUGGGCUCAAUGGCCACGUCUGUUAGCAAUACUGUAAGUUUCAAGUGCAUUUACAAUAUGCUGACUGUAUAUUAAACUGAUUCAAUUAC